GGAGUGACAGUUGACAGCUCAUUUAGUGACUUUGCAUUUAGAUUCUAUUCUGUGAUUUGCUGUGAUUCUAUUCUAUUGCCAAGCAAAUUUCAAACUGCAUAUUACUGAUUUAUUUUUUAUUUUAAAUUGAAAAGCAAAAACUAUGUUCUUAACAAGAAGUGAAUAUGAUCGUGGUGUUAACACAUUUUCACCAGAAGGUCGUCUUUUUCAAGUUGAAUAUGCUAUUGAAGCGAUUAAAUUAGGAUCUACAGCAAUUGGAAUAUCUACAAGCGAAGGAGUUGUUUUAGCAGUUGAGAAACGCAUUACUUCUCCUCUAAUGGAGCCAACAACAAUUGAAAAAAUUGUUGAAGUGGAUAAGCAUAUUGGGUGUGCAUUUUCUGGUCUUAUGGCAGAUUCAAGAACAAUGAUCGAUAGAGCGCGUGUAGAAUGUCAGAACCAUUGGUUUGUCUACAAUGAAAACAUGAGUGUAGAAUCUUGUGCUCAAGCUGUUUCUAAUCUAGCAAUUCAGUUUGGUGAUUCAGAUGAUGAUGGGGCAGCUAUGUCCAGACCUUUUGGAGUGGCGAUACUAUUUGCUGGCAUUGAUGAAAAGGGACCUCAACUAUACCAUAUGGACCCUUCAGGUACAUUUGUUCAAUUUGAUGCUAAAGCUAUCGGGUCAGGUUCUGAAGGUGCUCAGCAAAGUCUUCAAGAAGUGUAUCAUCGUAGUAUGACUUUAGAAGAAGCUACAACUGCAGCUUUGACGAUUUUAAAGCAAGUCAUGGAAGAAAAGUUGAAUUCAUCAAAUGUAGAAGUGAUGACCAUGACUCCAAAGAAUCUGUUUCAUAUGUUUACUAAAGAACAGGUGGAAGAGGCCUUAACAAAUGUAUUCCCUGCUGAACAUCCCACUCCCAUAAAAGUUAACAAGCAAAAAGUUUAAUGUGCAUUUCAUAUUUCAUUUCACUAAUAUACAUUAAUUUAUGUGCGUGUUUGUGUUGUAAUAGUUAAUAAUAAUUAUGAAUAUGCUUUAAUAUACCUACUAGUUUUUAUACU